AUGUCUUCUAAGCUAGCACGAUCUCGCAAAGACAAAGGGGAGAAGAAGAGAGAUGAAGCUGAAUCCGAAUCUGAGGAGGCGAGCCGUCAAGCUCGCUCCGGCAAUGGCAGCGCCCAGAUCCCCACCCAUCCCCCUCCCCCCCGCCAGCGCCGAGACGAAUCCCGUCGCGCUGCCAGCCCUCGCCCCGGUCGACAACAGUCCCAGGCUGCUUUCCACGGGCCCCGUGGACAACCAAACCGGGGCCCUCGCUACUCCCGAUGGCCCGGCCGACAUGAUUACCGCGCGGCCGACCUGACCCAACGGGGCCUGCCCGUUCACACACCAUCAGGCCCCUCCCGCCGUGCCAUCAACCCCGCCGCCGCCGCCAACCAGGCCAGCCCGCGCGCCAACCAGGCCGCCGCCAACAACCCCCCUGUCGCCAACAACUCCACCAAUGCGCCAUCAACGGCAACAUUGUCGGUAGACGGUGAUGUUGAGAUGACACCUCUCCCCUCCUCUCCAACAUACAUGCAUGUGCCACUGCCACCGUCAUCCCCGCCGUAG